GCGCCCGACCGAUCGAUCGAAUCGGGUUCGACGCGCAUAAAUGAUGGAACGAUGACUGAUUUCAGGAGACGGAGCGGCAGGGAAAUCCGAGAGGGAGCUGACGGCGACGGAGGUGAUGCUGCCCUGGAAGCGCGAGGACGACGAGGAGAAAGGCGUCUUCACCAACCGGCAGUGGGAGUUCCCCGCCUGGCUGGACAACGCCGACUACGCCGGCUACUACUCGCCGACCAACACCAUCCUCGGGAUGCGAGAGCAAGAGAAGCGGACUGCGGCCUUCGACAUCUUCCGGAAGCGGGACAGCCAGACGAGCCUGGGACUCGGGGACAGGAGGCUCCGGCAGCGGCACCACAGCGUCUCCCUCACCGAAGGGAGCGGGUUGCAGUCGGACCACCCCCUCCGACCCCUCAGGUCCUACAGUCUGAGCCCCGACAACGAAGAACACCGUCACGGCAUCUUCUCCUCCCUACCCGACACCAUCAUCGACGUGGAGGAGGAGGACGCGAAGGACAAGGUGCCCGAGAAAGAAGACGAAAAGGACGAUCCCAAGACGAGUUGAGAGGGUGACCUUUUUUUUUCCUUUUUUUUUUUCCUCCUGUCCAGAGACUGUGAUUUGA